ACUUGAGUUGGCAGCAAGCUUUGUCUACUUGUUGAAUCAAUGUUUUGUAAACAAAAAAAUGGGGGGAUCACAAAGUGUAUUUACAGACGAAGAACUUGAUGAUUACCAGACUUUGACUUAUUUAACUAAAAAGGAAAUUCUUCUUGUAUAUAAAAGAUUCAAAGUCCUCGACCCAGAAGCUGUUGAAGCAAAUAAAAAUGCAAGACUUCCACUUGACAAGAUUAGAGAGCUGCCAGAGCUUAAAGUGAAUCCUUUCAGAGAUCAGAUAUGUAAAGUAUUCUCAUCGUCUGGUGAAGGCAUGACAUUUGAAGAUUUCCUGGAUAUGAUGUCAGUGUUCAGUGAUGGAGCCCCAAAAACUGUUAAAGUGGAAUAUGCUUUCAGAGUCUAUGACUUUGAUGGGGAUGACUUGAUCUCGGAUUCAGACAUCAAACAAGUGAUUGAAUGUUUGAUUGGUAGCAAUGAACUCACUGAGGAUGAAAUGCACCAGCUCAUUGAUAAUAUUUUGGAAGAGGCUGAUCUGGAUGAUGACAAGGCUCUCUCAUUUGCUGAGUUUGAGCAUGUUAUUUCUAAGUCUCCUGAUUUUGUUAACUCUUUUCGUAUCAGAAUGUGAUGAAAGGAGAGUUGGCAGCUUAAAGCUGACUGCAGGGUUUUUCUGGCCGUCCUAUUUCUAAUGGCUGUUAUAUAUAAUAUACAUUUAAGCCUCUUCAACUAUUUACUUUCCAUGCUACUAAAUAUUUAUUGGUCAAAAUUUGUUUUAAUGCCUGCUUUAUAUUUAUUCUGUACCAGUAGUAUGGCCAUCUACCAUUCACACUUCAUAGAAUUUUUUAGGAUUGCAGUUUUCAGAAAGCUGAAAAUGUCUAUAUUUUUUAACUUGCUGCUCACUUAAUAAGUUUCUUUAAAUGAUGCAUAAGGUAAACACUGCUUAAAUCUAAAAUAAAAAAAAAAUUUUUUUAAAGUAAAAAUUUGUUUUGGUAAGAUUUUUAGGCUUCAUUUUUUGCAUUUCUUUGCUUUAAAUACCUACUAAAUUAAGUGAUCAUAGUUCAGUUAAAGAUUAAAAAAAAACAACCCUAUAUUUCAAAUUUAUAGAAUGUUUUUACAGUUUGAAAACUAAAAUGAAAAGAUUGAAUAUAAGUCAAUAAAAAUCUUAUCACAUUUACUUACAGAAAUUUUAAAAGUACCUUGCUUGUAUCCAAUGUGUAGAUAUAUCAAUAAUUAUAAGAAUUACAAAAUCUUGUUUUGGUACUUAAUGUAUGAAUCUCACUUUUUUCAAUGGUAAGAUAUAAACUCAAAGAUUAUCUUCCUUCUAAAUAUACUCAUUUUAAUGUAUAUUACUCUGGUUAGAUGCAUGUAUUUCACAAUUAUAAAAAGAACUACUGCAUGUAUUUUUGUUAUUACUAAAAACAAAAUCAGUUGUACUCAAUUACACUGCACUGCUAUAUUAUUAAAUGGUAAAUUUAAAGGCACAUUCAAAGUAAUUGUAAAAAAGACAUAAAUAAUAAUUUGUUAUGAUUAGGUAAAAAAAAAAUAGUUUCGACCUAAGAUUUACACUUUAUUUCAUUUUGAUUUAAUUUUAAUGUUUUAAUUUAAUUUUUUUUUUUGUAUCAUCCAAUUUUCAUCUCAAAUGUUGACAGACUUGCCAAGUUCUAAAGCAGAACAUUUUAUCUGUGAUAUUUUGAUUUACUAAGAAAGAAAUGUUAUGCCUUAUAUAAAAUAUUUGUUAUUUACUGUUGUUAUUAAAUCCAUCUAAUCAUAAACUCUGUUGUUUUUUAAUCACAGAGAGCAUUUUUGUGAGACCCAAAAAUUUUAAGUCAGUCAAUCUCACUUCAUUUUCUUGCCAUUUUAUUAUUGAAUUUUUAAUUUUUUUUUAAAAAUUGAUUCUCUUAUAUUUGUAUAUCAUGGACUUUAUAAUAGUGUUUGAUUAUGCAAAAAAAUAUUAUUUCUUCUAUAUAAAUGACACAAAUUUUUUAUUCUAAUUAUAGUAGACAUUUUACUGAAAUAAAUAUAUAUAUACACAA